AUGCUGACACGACUAGAUUCAAUCAAGAGUGCUGCCAAAGCGCUUGCAGCCAACUUGCGAUCCUACUAUACCGGUGAUAGGCCAGGGGAUGUACCUGGUAAUUUGCCAGAUCCAUACUUCUGGUGGGAAGCUGGUGCCAUGUUCAAUGCCUUCAUUGAUUAUUGGUACUACACGGGAGAUGACCAGUACAAUGAAAUAACAUCUCAGGCCAUGCAGCAUCAAAUCGGAGACUUCAAUGCUUUUAUGCCCCCAAAUCAGACAAAGACACUCGGAAACGAUGACCAGGCUUUCUGGGGAAUGGCUGCCAUGUCUGCUACCGAGAACAAGCUACCAGAUCUUCCAGACGGACAACCAUCCUGGCUCGCCCUUGCCCAAGCUGUCUUCAACACACAGAAAGAUCGUUGGGACACUGAGACCUGUGGUGGAGGGUUGAAGUGGCAAAUCUUCCCCUUCAACAACGGUUACAACUACAAGAACACCAUUUCCAACGGUUGCUUUUUCAACAUUGCCUCGCGUCUUUACAAGUAUCUCGGAAACGAAACCUACGCAGAGUGGGCUGAGAAGGCUUGGGAGUGGGAACUGUCCGUCGGACUCAUGAGCCCCGAUUUCCAUUUCUUUGAUGGAACAGACGACAAACUGAACUGCACCACUCUGAACCGCAUCCAAUGGACUUAUAAUGCCGGCGUGCACAUGUCCGGUGCUGCAGCCAUGUGGAAUGUGGUAAGUAAAGGCAUAUAG